AUGGAUGAAGCAUUAAAAUUAUUGAAUGGAUUGAAUAAUGAUCCAAUAAAGCGAGCUAAGAUCAUUGAAUAUUUACAAAUGAAAAAAACCAUUGCUGUUUUUGCUUAUGCAUCAUUGAUUUGGAAUCCAUUUGAACAUGUCGAACAAAUAAUUCCUAAUUGUUCUUUGAUUGAUUAUACUAAAGGAUUUUUAUGUCAAGAUUUCAUCUAUCGAGGUACAACAGAAUGUACGGGCUUGACAAUGGGCUUGAAACCAUGUGAAAACAGUUAUGUUAAAGGUUAUUUGUUGAUGUCUGGUAUACAUCAAUCGAUUCCAUUUAUUGAAGCAUUCGUCAAACGUGAAACUCCAAUAGAUAAUAAUGGCUGCAAAAUGGACAUUUAUACAUAUGAUUUUCUUCCUGUAUUGAUGCCUGAUGGGAAUACUAUCGAAUGGGCAUUGACUUGUCUCGUCAAUUGUCAUAGUCAGUUUUAUAUAUCGAGAACACUUUCAAUCGAAGAACAAGCACAAAUAAUUGCUCGAUCUUAUGGAAUAAAUGGAUCCAAUUUUCAAUAUUUACACAACACCCUAAAUGCCUGUCGAAAAUUCUCUUUACUCGAUACAUUUACAAAAGAAAUGAAACAAUUAUAUGGUACUGCUGUACUUUAUCGACAUAGAUUAGUCGAGCAGGAUCGGCAAUGGCUCGACACAUUAGAUAAAUUGUCAACAAAAGACGAGCGGCAACUAGCUAUCAAAUCACGAAAGACAAAGCGUAUCGGGAUAAAAUCGCGAAAAUUACUUAGUCGGAUGUGUUCUGUAGCACCUACAACUAUGCCAACAUAUCAUCGAAUGUUAUCUGCUUAA